UUCGCAGAAGACCUGCCCGCUGCCUGCUCCAGAUGUGUGGGGCCCCUCCGGUGGGGUGGAGGGCCGCCCGGCUUCCACAGGGCAGCCGGGCGGCCCUGGUCGGCAGAGGCCUGUUCGGCGCGGCGGGCGGCUCAGUUUUGUACCUGGGAUUUGCCCACAACUUACCGCUGACCUUUGACCUGAAGCUGGCAGUAGGGUUUGCAUUUGUCGGUGUGUGUAUCGUAGGUGGAUUCCUGUCCUCGUCCUUCAGAUGUACCAUCCUCCUCACGUUACCCAGCAUCCUCGGCUCUCGUGGUCGUUCCUACCUGAUGGUUAUGAUUGUGAUGAUUCUGUACAGAGGUCCGAUCUCCAACACGGAGCGGAACGCCGAGGUGGCGGCGAUGUCGCUCAGCUGCAACCUGGACCUGCAGGUGCAGCACAGCAAGGUGCUGUGGCGGCUGGCCGCCAGGCCCUUCCUGCUGGUUGCCAAGCAACUGAUGAAAGAUAAAGUGGAGUUUGAGUCGGAGUCUCUGGACAUCAACAAGAAGUUCCAGAACGUCCGAGACGAAGUUCUGCUGCAGUACGGAUAUGAUCCGAUCCAACCCGGCGGCGCUGCCCGGGGAAACAGCACUCAGGAGCACUUUGCCUCCAACACUAGGAGGCGCUGUGACGGUGUGGUGGACGAGGGCAUCCGGCGCUGCGCUGGUUGGUUCAGGCAGAAGUGGAGUGAGUGCAUGAAAGCCAUUCCUGUUCCCAUCAUCAACCACAUCCUCUGUAUUUCAAUGAAAUUCGACUUCCUGUGCGACGUCAUGAGAACCAUGACUCCGUGGUGCAGAGAGCAGAUUCCUGUGGAGAGGAACUUCGGUCAGCUGUACGAUCGGCUCAACGUUUCCAUGGACCGUCUCUCCAGAGAGUUCCGCGCCCGGGUCGUCGUCCAGCAGGAGGAGCAGCAGCAGUCGGUUCUGGACGGAGUCCAGUUGGACCGGGUCUUCACUGAGUCCGUUAAGGAAUCCUUCCAGCGCCUGACGAAGAGGAUGGAACAGGGAAUGAAGGUCCUGGAGAUGGUGCUGUCCUUCACCUUCAUCACCGUCUUCAUCCAGGCGGUGCAGUACCUCCGCUCCUACAGGACAAACAUCUCUUUUGACAACGUCUACAUCACCUCCUACUUCAGACGGAUCGACGAGCGCAGAAGACGAGCGGGGAAACAUUUCCUGCUUCCUCUCAGAAAGUCGGAGAGAAAACGGUUCAUCGCCCCGAUGAGUCCGAAGAUCAACUCUGAGGAGCUGAUACAAGUGGCCUCAGGAGGCUUUCAGGUUCUGGCCAUCUCACUGCUGGCCGUGGUCCUGCUGGUCAUCGACUUCUCCCUGUUCCACGUCCUGGACAUCAUCAGCAGACACACCUUCACACAGUUCAACAUCACAAGCAGCCAUCACAUCGACAUCAGCGUGGGCGGAGACACCAUGAUGGCCCGCCUCCUGCGCACCACCAUCUCUGGCUUCAACAGCUCCUCCGAGACGAACGUCCAGAGCGACAACCGCGCAUGCAUGUCCGCCCCCUCCCGCCUCCCUUUUGAAGUGUAUGCGAGGUGUGUGGGCGGAGUCCUGGUGGUGGCGCUGUUCAGCUGCGUCCAGGUUUACACCAACCGCCUGCGCCACGUCAUCGCAGCUUUCUACAACCCAAAGAGGGAGAAGAAGCGUGUCUUGUUCCUCUACAACCUGCAGCUCCAUAGACGGCUGUCGUCCCCCAAUUGGAAGAUGAACAUGAGCCAAAGACAGAGGAUGAGGACGGGGACGAGGACGGUGAGCAUGUUGUCGUCCUUCAGUCUGUCAGACGGAGCCGUUUGUCAAGUUGCACUAUGUUUCAGCGCCUGACCAGGUGGGGGCGCCGUCUCCUUCGUCACCCCCGACAGGAUGCCUCAGACCAAGAGGAGACUCACUACGCUAGCAGCUAGCAGCUAGUCGGGGAUCCGCCUGGAGACGCUCUCACUAACGCUCAUCACCCCACAGAUAAAACGCGUCCUCCUCCUUCAUGACUGGAGACCGAAACCGGAGAUAAAUGUGAUGCAAAGAAAAUCAUCUGGAAGAACGACAACUUUCCCUGGAAUGUCAGCCAUAUUUAUGAGGCUCUUCAGAACAAACAGGCCUCACCAAAUGACUCAAUAAUAAAUAAAACAACAGAUCUGAUCUGA